AUGCGGGUCUAUUCGCUUAUACUUCUCUGCUUCAUUACUACUGUUUAUGGACAGGAAAAGGCAGAGGUUGAUAUUCGAGUUUCUGGAGCGUGUUCCCCGAGUAAGUUCGCCAGCUGUCAAGCUAUUCUAAGAAAUUUGAAAACUCGGAAUAUUGUGAGAAGAAGUGAGAAGAACGCAGAAUCCAAUAAGUUUUCUGAGUGCCAUGAUGUACCUGUUUUCGUGUUCUUGCUAAUCUAUUCAUUGACGCGGAUCCUGUUUUCGUUGACCACAUUUCAUCCGAAUUUCAUGGAAUUUUGCAGUAUACUUGUCUCGGAAAGGAAUCGAUAUUAACAAGUACCGACCAAGCAUACGCUUCAACCCGGAUAAGAUCCAACUCAUCCCGAAGAACCCAGUCAUUCCGGGAUGCAUUAAAAUUAAGGCCGAAGGUUUGUGUCCUGCUUGUCUGGCAGUUUAUCCCUGUUUUGUUCAGGAGUUGAGAUCACAAAGCCAACAAAGAACUUGAUCGCUGAGGUUGAGAUGAGAAUCGGAGGCACUCCAGAUCCAAACAAUCCAGCUCUGCCUUGUUCCAAGAAGAUUGACGAGAAAGUUAAUCAGUGCCCAUGUGCUAAAUUGGAAGGAUCCUGGUAACCGACUUCUCCCUCUCUCUCUCUUUCCCUUAGUACAGUAAUGUUCCAGUGUGUUCUGUGAUUUCUGCAAGCAGCUGAAGGCGCAAUCGUCCAAAAUCACAGCCAGCAAAAUAAGCCGACCCGAACACAAAUUGAUUGACGAGGAUUGCAAGUAUGUCAUUCCAUUUUCACGCCGCACAAUUAUGUCAAAUCAAAAGGACAAAUUUCUGUGUACAAGUAACAUAAUGAUCCUGAAAUGGGUUCACACUGCAAACGCAAAUAGUGUCUUUUGUCUUUUGGAUCAGUCGGACAGGGGUCUAAGAUAUCAAAGAAGAGGGCUAGUCUAAGAUAUCAAAGACGAAAAACAUAAAGCACAGAAAAAGAACGACCAAAGUGCGAACUAUAGUGCGGUGUACAUGUCAAAAAAAGAAAAGAAACAUGAUAAUGACGUGUGAUCAAGAAAACAGGAUAUUUUGGGAGAUGGUGUAGCCAUGCUAUAGUCUCAGUUGUUUUCAGAUGUGGCGAGAUGCAACCGGGACUUUACGACAUUGAAACCGAGAUGUGUACACCUGAAAUGGACGAUUUCAAGGAUUACAUCCCGCCUGAGAUUCAGAACAAUAUUCUCGAAAAAAGACCUGUUAGUGACAUUUCAAAGUAAUCAAGGCUUACUGGUAAAUUUCAGAUCUCUAUGUUCAUAACUGUAUAUCUGAUGGAUAUGGAGCCAAGAUCUUCCAAGGAAUCUUAUCUAUCCGCUUUCGGAAAAGCAAUUCUCCAGAGAAGAAUGGCCCAGAGUACGGUCGCCUGCUUCCUCCUCGGAAUCGACGUCAAACUUGCUCUCCCGUCGUUUGACUAA